CUCAUUCCACUGUAUCUCGUGACGUGACGAAGAAUAAACCACACACAAUCGGGGAUAAAGAGAGACUCCCGUCCCUUUUUCGUGUAUAUAAAUUUUUUUGUGUUUCAUCAACUAGUCAUCCCCGUCAACAGUUCAGUUGCUGAUCGUCGUGACAACGAAACACUACGCGGAACGUCAUAACGCUCUUCAUUCUUGAUUAUUCUUUAUAUAUUUAUUUGUUUAUAAAUAUUUAAUAAAAAUUAUUUAUAUUAUUAUUAUAAAUAUAUUGUUCGACAAUUAUUGUGAUUUAAAAUAUUUUUUUUUUUGUUCAUUUAUGAUUCAUUUAUUUUUUUUUUUUUUUCGAAUUGUUUUGAUUGUCUAAAAAAUUUGUGAAAUUAUAUAUACAAGUGAAGGUAUUUUUAUUAAGUGAAGUUUAUUAUUUUGUUUUAAAUUUUAGUAAUAUAUUGACUGUCGUGUGCAACGAAUUUUCUUGAUUGAAACUUGAUUUUGUUUGCUUUCAAAUUUUUUAUAAAAUCAUUUAUUUGGUUGUUUAUUUUAUGCUGAAGGAAAACGUGUGAGGAUCAGUGAGAGAAAAAAAAAUAUAUAUAUGUGUAUCCUGAUGUGAACAAAGUCUCGAUUACAAUAGAGAAGUGGAGGGUUGAUGAAGCGAAUGGACCACGAGACUGGAGGCUACGUACCUGAAAUUUGAUACUGCAAUUAUUCAAAGGCAGAAUUUACAAAACUGGAUUUAAUCGCGUGACAUAAAAGUUUUGCUGCCGUCGCUUGCCAAAUUACCUAUUCACUCAGCAUUGUUUUACAAAAAUCUGCCGUCGCAACCCAGACAUAAUCAAAGAAUGCAGUUUAACAAGAAAAAAAAAACUAAAUAAAUAUUUUUAUUAUUUCUAAUAAUAAAUUUUCUAAAAAAUAAAUUAUCCAAAUACCAAUGAAAGUGCAGUCGAUAAAUAAUAAUAUUGUAAAUCAAUAGAGUUUUGCAUAAAAUUAAUAUUCAAGUGAAAUAUAUAAUAAUAAGCGUCGGUUGUGUAAAGAACACAUAAGCUUAUAUUUAUGCAAUAAUAAAAAUAUUAUUAAUACCGUCGCACAGUAAAACUCUUGAAAAACAAAAAAAAGAAAAGUGUAAAUAUUUACACUCGACUGUGUAAUUAAAUUUAUUAAAAAAAUAAUAACAAGAUAAAAACAAAAAUAUAAUUUUCCAAUUGUAUUAAAUAUUGCUAAGAAUUGUUAUUGUUAAUUUGAAAAAAAAAAUCAAUACAAAUGAAAUGAUAAUUUAAACAAUCAAAAUUCAGCCAAAAGAGCAAAAGAUGCCGCAGCGAUCGCCAUUUGCGAUACAAGAGCUGCUUGGUUUAAAUGGAACUGGAAAUGGAAGUGGUGGUCAAGAUCGUGGAUCACCACAAAGUUCACCAACAGCUGGAAUAUCAGCAGUGUCAUAUGCACCAACAGCAACACAUCAUAAAAUAUGGGAUUACAUGCCAAGUCUUACAAAUCACCUUGGAAAUCUUGGAAAUUUGGGUAAUUUGGGUAAUUUAACAGCAUCACGUAUGGCAUAUUUAAAUGCACAAGCAGCUGUUGCAGCAGCAUUUUUACCACCACCACAUCCACAUCCAGCUCAUCAUGUACCACAUCAUCAGGUACAUCAACCUGGUCAAUUACAAUCAUCAUCAAGUAUCAAUGUACAUCCAUCAGCAGCUCAUUCACAACAUGGUUUAUCUGGUACAUCUGUAUCAUCAAAUCAUCAUCAUCAUCAACAUAGUCCAAGUCAUCAACAUACACCACCACAUGGAUUUUCACAGUCCAAGAGUAACUUCUCAAGUCCAAGUCCUGGUAUUGGACAUAGCAUCGAGUCAGGCAAAGAUUUCACAGUCGAUGGUCUAUCAGGUUUCAGUAAAAAAAAAAAGAAAAAACGUCGUCAUAGCUCCAGGACGAUCUUCACGUCACAGCAGCUGGAGGAGCUGGAAGCUGCAUUCAAAGAAGCUCACUAUCCUGAUGUUUAUGCACGUGAAAUGUUGAGUCUACGAACGGAUUUACCUGAAGACAGAAUACAGGUUUGGUUUCAAAAUCGAAGAGCGAAAUGGCGUAAAACGGAGAAGUGUUGGGGUAGGAGUACCAUAAUGGCGGAAUACGGUCUGUAUGGUGCAAUGGUAAGGCACUCCCUUCCACUACCAGAAACCAUUCUCAAGAGUGCCAAAGAGAAUGAGUCUGUCGCACCAUGGUUACUCGCGCAAUCGUCUAAGACAAGCGGCUUUAGUCAAGAUUACGAAACUAAUCAAGAAAUGAUUGACUGUGGCCCCGUAGGGAUGCACCGAAAGUCCAUUGAGGCAGCGGAGCAUCUCAAGUCGGGUGGUGAAGACAGUGGUAAUGAUCAUGCGGGUAGCAGUGGAUCACCACCACAUCAUCCACAUAAUCAAGGUGGUCCAACCAGUUCAGAGAGUGGUCAAGAGAGUCAAGAUGGCAUGGGAACAACAUCAACAUCCACAACAACAACCACAGGUGUCGUUCAAGAUACAGAACAACUUAGAAAUGAAAGUAUUGCAUGUUUGAGAGCAAAAGCACAACAACACCAAUUGCAAUUGAGUUUACAACCAGCAGCAAGUGCUGUAUCAACAACAGCAUCAACACCAACACAAUCCGGAAAUACGUCAUAUCCGACAGCUUCAUCGGCAACCACACUUCAUGCUUCAGUUUAAUUUAAAAUUUAAUUAAUUCAUAAAUCAAUCAAUCAAUUUUCAUCUAUUAACAAAUGAAAUAAACUUUGUUACUUAAUGAUCCAGUUAUUUCAAUUAUCAAAAUACUCUCAGCUAAUGUUUAUCAAUUUCCAUAUAUUAGUAUAUGAUAUCUGAAAUUACAUUAUUUAAUUUCCAAUGAUUUUAUUAUGUUUAUUUUUAUAUUUAAAAAUACAACAACAAAUUUAUUCUAAUGGCAUUGAAGAAUAGGCCUAAAUAAUUAAACAAAGCAUACAAAAAUGUCUUUCAUUAUUUUGUAUAA